AUGGGUCAAUUGAGUAAGCAAGCACCUGAGAGGCCUCCUACUACCUUACCCAGUGAUAUAGUGCCUAAUCCAAAGGAAGAGUACAAGGCCAUACAUUUGAGAAGUGGUAAGGUAACAGGUUUAGAAGCAAAAGUUAGUGAGGAGCCGGUUAAAAAAGAAGCUCUGGAGGAGGCUAAGAGCCAAGAAGAACACUCCCUUCCAAGGCAUCCGGAUAACCCUUUUCUAGUUGAUAUUUUGCAAUAUUCGGCAAAGCCUAAAGCACCUAAGUACAAGCCUAAGAUGCUAUAUCCUCAGAGACUUCAGAAGGCCUCCAAAGACAAGCAGUUUUCUAGAUUUUUAGAGGCUUUCAAGAAGCUUCAAAUCAACAUUUCUUUUGCAGAGGCCCUUGAGAAAAUGCCUCUUUAUGCUAAGUUUAUGAAGGAGUUGUUGACCAACAAGAGGAAUUGGAAGGAGAGUGAAACCAUGGUGCUUAUAAAAGAAUGUAGUGCUAUUAUUCAGAAGGAUCUCUCUGAGAAGAUGCAAGAUCCUAGAAGCUUUUUUAUUCCUUGUACCAUUGGUGAUAUCACUAUUCAGAGGGCACUAUGUGAUCUUGGAGUUAGCAUCAAUUUCAUCCCACUUUCCUUGAUGAGAAAGCUCCAAAUUGAUGAGGUAAAAUCUACUCGUAUUUCUCUUCAACUUGCUGAUCAUUCAAUUAAGUUUCCUUUGGGAGUUAUUGAGAAUUUAGUUGUGAAAGUAGUACUAUUUAUUUUUCCUGCUGAUUUUGUAAUACUGGAUAUGGAAGAGGACAAUAAUGCUUGUAUUAUUUUGGGGAGACCCUUUUUAGCUACAUGA